AUGGUACGUGAAAAUGUGAGUUUUAGUGUGGUAGGGCUUAAUUUUUUAUAUAAUUUAAAUGUUUUUUUUCGGUAUCAUAGUCAAAUAUAAAGUUUAGUUUUGGGAAACAAGCGCUCCGCCUGACGGUCGGUUUACAUGGACAACUAGGCCUACAUGUGGAAUAUUGGUUAUAGGUGAUGAGAUUUUGAACGGCAGUACUACGGAUACAAAUUCACAUUUUUUAUGUUCCAAACUUCAUAAUCGUGGUGUCGCUGUGAAAAAGGUAGUUUUGGAUGAUUUUUUUUAAAUAACAAACUAAUUUUUAACCGAAGACAAAAAAGUUUUAUAACUUAUAUUUAGAUAACUGUAAUCGGCGACAACGUUGAUGAAAUAGCGCAGGAAAUCAAAAUAUUCAGUGGUCGAUACGACGUUGUACUGACUACUGGUGGGAUCGGCCCUACACAUGACGAUAGAACUUUUGAAGGUAGUUUUUUGCUUUAUUAUAUGGUGUGAAGAAUAUUGUGCCAAACUUAAAAAGUUAUUUUCAGGAUUAGGCUUAGCGUUCGAUGAAGCACUUGAGAUUAACAAGGACUUGUUUCAAGUAGUCGAGGUUUUCUUGAAGAAAACAAAGCUUGCUGAUGUCGAUUCGGCCGUUGAGAAGUUUUGCAAAGUAAUGUCUUUUUUAAUUUAAACUCGGAAUUUAAAUUUAAGUUUUUUGUUCAUUUUUUUAUUAAAAAUCUUUUAGAUACCCCUGUCGGCCAAAUUAUUGUGGGGCAAAGAUGGUGCUCCACAAACGCCGGACCAGAUGAGCUGUUUCCCUUCGGUUCAAUUGAACAACGUUGUUUGCUUUCCAGGCGUACCAAAGUUUUGUCGUUUGGCUUAUGAUCAAGUUGAGGUGGGUAAAGAUAGCUUUCCUAAGGACAUGAAAACUUUUGAUGGUUUUAUUGAAAAUUUUGGAUGAUACAAAUUUUUAAGUUAGCAAUGGAGUUUUUUAAAUUCAUUUAUGUUUGCAAACGGACUUAUUUGGUGUGUGUUUGAAAAUUGAGUUUUAAAAUCUUUGCGGAUUUUAAGCAUUCGUGCCAGAGGACGUUUAAAAAUGACCAAAACGAAUACGAGACCGUUUGACCUUUUUGCUUUAAUUUUUUGUCUAAAGAGCAAGCAGUGUCAUUUUAACUGUUCUUUGUUUGCUCAAAAAAACUUAUUUUAGAGUCUGAUAUGAUCUUUUUGAUAAAUUUUUAAUUUAUUUAGGUUUGAAUACAUUCUUGAUAUAAUAAUCUUGUUUUAACUUUGAUUAAUUGAAGAGGUGGGGGGGGGGUGGUGGUGACAAAAUAUAUUUUUAUUACAUUUUAUUUUAAUGUUAGUUUGAGAUUUUUGUAAAAAUAUAAUAGCAAUAAAAUUUUUUUAAAUCAAAAAAUUUAAAUUUAAAAAAAAUUAAUAAUUUUAGGAUACCCUCUUCCCACAGGACGAAACCAGCAACUUUUACAAUGAAAUAUUGUAUCUAAGACGGAACGAGGUGUAUCUGCAAGAAAAUUUGACUAAAAUAGCGGAUAAUUUCAAAUCGCAGCCGCAUAUUACUAUAGGUUCAUAUCCUAUAAUGGAUAAUAGUUAUUUUAAAACGAAAUUAGUGGUAGAAUCUUCAAACUCAGAUGAUGGGCAGAAGGCGAUGGAACAGUUAAGGAGCGAAUUUAAGGGUAAGUUUUUUUGUUUUUAAUGAUUUUGGUCGAUUUGUAAAAAAAAAGUUUUGAGAACAAGUCAGGAAAUUUUUUAAAUUUGAUCAAAUUUCAGAAUAUAUAGUUAACUACGAUGAAGAAGCGUGGAUUGAUGCCAAUAAUAAGUUAGAAAAAUAUUCAAGAACGGUAAGCGACGGAUUCGGGGGUCGACUCCAACGUGCCAUAGAAGUGAUUGAUAACGUCCUAGAGGAAUAUACACCAGAACAAAUAGCAAUUUCAUUUAAUGGCGGCAAGGAUUGCACUGCUUUGUUACAUUUACUCAGGGCUAGAAUGGAUAAGUAAGUACUUUAAACAUUUGGAGCAUUUUUUGGAACAGCUUUGCAUUGAAAACGAUUAUUCUUUUUGUUUUUGGAUUAGAAAUUGAGCUUUACAUCAUUUUGAAAAGCACAACUUUGAAUGAUGACUAUAUGCUUUAGAAAACACGGUGCAGGUGCAAAAAUACAAGCAUUCCACAUUCUGUGCGGCGAUGAGUUUUCAGAAAUGGCAGACUUCAUACGCGAUGCUGGUCGAAAGUACAAUUUGGACACAAGUGAACUGAAUGGUCCAAUGAAAAGUGGUCUAGAACAGUUGAAACAACGAAAACCAAAAGUUAUUGCCGUUUUCAUGGGCUCACGUUUCACUGAUCCUAAUGGUAAGCUUUCUUAUUGGAGAUGGGGGGGGGGUUUUUGAUUUUUUUUAGAAUUUGAUAUUUGUCAUCAUAAACGUUGCCUAGUUUAGGACGCUACAUGAAGACAGAAUGUGAAUUCACGGAUGCCGGAUGGCCUCAUUUCCUUCGAGUAUGUCCAUUGUUAACGUGGCAUUACGUAGAUAUUUGGAGACUGUUAAGAGCUUUAUGUGUACCAUAUUGCUCGUUAUACGAUAAAGGCUUCACUAGUCUUGGAGAUAGGACAAAAACAAAGCCGAAUAAAGUUCUGCAGGUUGGAGAGGGGAAGUAAGUUUUUUAUUAAAUUUUUCAUUGGGAAUGUGGAUUUUUUUUUGAUUUUUGGCUUUUAAUUAAUAGUAAGCUUUUGUACUAUAGUAUAUGGUUACUUAUUAUAAUAUCCACAUCGAAAAGUCGGACGAUAUAAUAGUUGAAAACUCUUAGGUAUCUACCAGCUUAUGAACUCCGUGAAGACUCGUUAGAACGAUUUGGCCGACAAGAAGGCGAUCAAACUCCGCCGCUUUAG